AUGACACUUCGUGUCGCCGCCCAUCAGAUGAGCUAUCUGGAAGGAAUGAUAAAUGAUGAUGCAUCUUCGGAUAUCCUCGUUCUGCGGACCCUUGAGCACAUCAUGGCAAACUUAAUGCACCGACUGAUUGCCUUACGCGAGGAGGAGGAGGCUGAUGUGGCCUUGGAGGAAGACCUUUGGCACCAGGUCACAGGCUAG